CCACAUUACAAUCACAUAAUUAACUACAGUUUAAACCGAAGAUCUGUAACAAAUGAGCGGAUAAUAUUGUGGCCUUUUUAAUUCAGCUUUAUUCACUUAAAUUGUUUAUGAUUGCUCACUUGUUCGACUUUUGUCAUGUGUUGAAUUAGAUUAGUGCUCUUUGCAUCGCAUUAAAAUGGAACAGAAAUUAAACAAAGUGAAGAACUAUUUUACCAUAAGGAGAAGUGAUGGUAGUUUCAACAAUGCCGUUGACCCCCAAAUUGGCUUUAAAGUGUCGUUUUGCGAAAUCACGAAAGAACUGAAAGUCAAAGUUAUUGGUGCCAGGCAAUUGCCUACGAGUUACGGUAGUGUCAAACCCACUGGGUAUUUAGUAAAGGUAACUGUAUUUCCACAAAAAGAAAAAUUCGAAACAAGAACGGCCAAGGAAUCAUGGCCUACUAUAAACGAGGAGUUCACUUUCAAUCUAACACUCCAAUCAAGGAGGCCUGAGGAUUACUUCAAAGGAAAAUUUGUUUCUUUUACGAUAUAUGCAGUUCUAGGCGAGGAAGAGAACAAUACGACAGACAAACCAUCGGGUAUACUGAAGAGAUUUUUGAGUUUUACCGAUACCGAUGAUUUUAUUAGAAGGGAUAGUAUUCGAAGAACCCCCUCGAUGAAAAGAAGUAGUUUCAGAAACAGUUUGUGUAACAGGAGGACAGUGGGCGCUGUGACGUAUAGCUUAGAUGGAAAAAUUUUUACUCAAAAGUUGAGGAAUAAUUUUAUAAGUACUCCCGAUAUUUGGAGAAAUGUCAAGGAGAUUACUAGUGGGAUUCAAACUCAGCCGAGAGAAGGAAAAAAAGGCUGCGUCGAAUUAACAUUACAGUAUGCAGUCAGUGAGGAUGGUACGAAUGAUGUAGUAGAAGUAAGCGUUACGAAAUUCAGAUGCAGUCUGCAAACUAUGCAGGAACAUGAAAAAAUUGGAGGUCAACUUUACAUCAAAAUCACCGCGUUUGAGCACGAAGACUUGAUCCAGAAAAUGAAAUGCGACAAAUUCGACCCCACCAUAAGUCUGAAACUGGAAGCAAGCACUGCUAAUUUAAGAGCGACCGUAAAUAACUAUAACAUUGAGGAAGUUAAGAUACUAAUCAGACUGAUUUCGAAGAAUAUCGUGGGAAAGAAGGUGCUGUUGGGGAAAAUCGAAAUCGAUAGUAAAAGCAGUAUCUGGAAAGAGAUUGUGGCUUCUCCUCUGGUUCCUGUGACAAGAAUGAUGAACUUUGAGUAACAAAAUAAAGAAAUAUUUACAUAUCAGUUAUAUACAUAUUAUUAUGAUGUACUGUAAAUUAUUUAUUUAUUAAUGCAAUGUAUAUUAGUGAUAUCUAUACCUACAUAAUAUAUUUAUAGAGGUGCUAA